AUGCAUGUCUGUCUCUUACCCACAGAAAUCCUGAUGGACAUAUUCGCUCUCUUACUCUAUGACACCAGUACUAGUGACACACUUGCUGCCCUUGCAAGAACUUGCAGGACAUUCAAGGAGCCUGCACUUGAUACGCUUUGGGAAAACAUAAAUGGGUUCGAGCCACUCAUCUCAUGCUUGCCUGAAGGUGUUAGUAGCAUGGAGCAAGGAAAGUUGACCCUCCAAAGACCUCUCUUAAUCGGAGAGUGGAGGAUUAUUAGUCAAUAUGCACAACGUAUCCGCUUUUUGGACGUCUCAAGCACUGAGCUAGACAUCAUAGACGAUCGGGUCGUGCAAGCCCUCAUUUCUGCGCCAUCACCCGCACCGCUCUUGCCGAACCUUCGUGGGUUAGUUUGGUUGGAUGACCGAGAAUGCUUCUUUCCGUUAUUGCGCACCCUCAUUGUGUCAACUAUCACGUCGAUUAACCUGGGCUUUGGUUCAAAUUCCCCCACUUUCGCCAAAUCUGCUUUGUUCGCGUCCCUCGGAGCUCGAUGUCCAUCCAUUCAGGAACUCAACUGUAUAUAUAACGGUGACUCCGAAGAAAGUUCAGAUGCAAUAUCUGAAGCCCUAUGUGGCUUGCUAGAGCUCGUCCGUCUUGAAACAGGGAUCCUUAACGCACAAGCACUUCUUCACUUGGCUUCUUUACCGUUGUUGAAGUCUCUGCACUUCAGCGUGAACACGAAUGACAUUGAUGAGAUGCAACCCAAUUCCACUCCAACAUUUUCCUCUCAACUCGAUCAAGUGCACAUCACCGCACCAUCACCUCCCGUUCUUACUUACUGUCUCGAUAACGUCCGGUUUCUCUCCUGUCGAUCAGCAAUCUUGUGCGUCGAUCACGAUUACAGCAAUCUCCAAAUGCUGUAUGACCCACUAGAUAUUCCAGAACUCAUUGUGUCGUUUUCGGAGUGCUUCUGUCAUACUCUUGAAGAACUCCAUUUCAUCUUCGAGUUCGAGUUCGACUCCCUUUUCGACGACGCACUUACAGAUCCCAGCUUUGCACUCGGAUUUGACGUCAUUGCCCCAUUGCUGUCCUUUAGUCACUUAACGGACUUACGGCUCGAUUGGAUGUGCACUUCAGCCAUUGAUGACGCCUCACUCAAGACAAUGGCACAAUCCUGGCCUCAACUUGAGAAGUUCUGGUUUGGAUGCGCGGCUCGUUGGCUGAUUCCGCCAUCUAUCACCUUCAUAGGACUCGCCCACCUCAUACAUCAUUGCCCGCGCUUGUGCCACAUUGAAAUGCCCUUCUCCGCAUAUCCAAUAGACGACAUCGACAGCGAGCCAUUCUUUAAAACCAUUCCCAACGGAAAGAUCACCGAGAUUGAUGUCGGGAUUUCUCCGAUUGUCGAUCCCAUCGCCGUGGCAUGUCAACUGCAUAUGUUGCUGCCC